CUCACAGACACAUAAAAAGUGCAAGACUUUGUCAUCCUCUGCAUUCAUCCGUCUCUGCUCGGAUCAGUCGUGAAUAUGAUCUGGCUUUGCAUCACAUUGGUGUUGUCAAUCACUCGGGUCAUCUCUGAUCAAAAUAUUGACAGAAGCCACAUCAGAGUUUUCCCUGCAGAGAACCAAAGUGUUGCUGGAGUAUUCCAGGUUAGCUACUUAAAUGACCACAACCAGCCUCAGUAUGCAUUCAACGCCUCUGAAGCUCGGAGACUCUGCUUGUCGUUCGGGGUGAACAUUGCCUCAAAAGCACAAGUAAAAGAAGCUCUCACUAGAGGUUUAGAAACAUGCAGGUUCGGAUGGAUUGAUGAACAUUUUGCAGUCAUUCCUCGCAGCAAGGCCCUUUCUAACUGUGGCCAAAACCAGACGGGCUUGGUGACGUGGCGAGCCUCUGUUACACAAAAGUUUGAUGUGUUUUGCUAUAAUGAAUCAGAUGCGGCGACACAAUUGAAGGAUACAACAACCGAUAGCCCUUUGAGCAGCAGCCAUUACUCAGGACAAACUCAGUCUCCCUCUAAGGCAGCCAGCUCCACCCAGAACAUGCACUCUUCGUCUUCCUCCACCCUUCUUCCUUCUUCCUCUCCAACUCCUGAAACCAUGGACAGCGAGGCAGAACCAGUCCGGUUUGUCGGCAGAGCACAAGGCUCUACUGGAGGAAGGGCUAUACUCAUCACCUCAACUUGUGCCCUUCUUCUUAUUGCAAUGAUCGUCCUUGUGUACAUAGCAAUGAGAAGGAGUCAUGUUCUGAGCUCUGACAGGAAGCCGCAGCAAGAGUACAUCCAGACAGAAGAGUGGACGUGUGUGAAGAAUAUAAAGGAAACUAAGACAGCUGCUCAGGAACAUGAGAGGAUAGAAGUGGACGACAAUUCGAGUUAAACAUUAUUCAGAUGAGAUAUUUUUAAGAAGCACUCCACGGACAACUGCUGAGUAAUACUCUACUAUAAGGACAAAGAUGUGUCUCUUGUGUACUUUGUGCUUUAGUGUGAAAGUAAUGUAACAGAAUGGCGGUAAAAGUGCAUUUAUUUUUGUAUACUCGUGUGUUUGAAGUAUUUUCUGUCAUCUGAUGUUAUUAAAUGAUGUAUUUUAGCCACUA